AUGCAGGUGGGAGAGGAGAUGGCAUCGCUAACAAAAAUAGCAUGCCCGAUCGUGAUGACAUCACUCCUCAUUUUCUCCAGAUCACUAAUCUCAAUGUGGUUUCUAAGUCACCUCGGGAAAGUUGAACUCGCUGGCGGUGCACUCGCCAUGGGCUUCGGAAACAUCACUGGAGUCUCCGUACUCAAAGGUCUUUCCGUUGGUAUGGACCCAAUCUGUGGCCAAGCCUUUGGAGCCAAACGCUGGACCGUACUUAGCCACACGUUUCAGAAAAUGUUCUGUCUCUUAACAGCCGUUUCUAUACCAAUAGCCGUUGCAUGGCUCAACAUCGAACCCAUAUUUCUCAGGUUGGGUCAGGACCCCGACAUAACCCGUGUCGCUAAGAGUUACAUGGUCUUCUUCGUCCCUGAGUUACUAGCUCAGGCCAUGCUCCACCCGCUCCGAACGUUCCUCAGAACGCAAGGCUUAACGUCACCGUUGACCAUAUCAGCGAUCGUAUCCAUUCUUCUACAUCCUCUAUUUAACUACGUCUUCGUCGUGCGUAUGCGUUUAGGUGUUGAAGGCGUGGCGGUAGCGAUGGCUUUCAACACUAUGAACAUCAACGUGGGACUGCUCGUUUACACGUGUUUUUCGGACUCUCUAAUCAAACCGUGGGAAGGACUUGCUUUGCGGUCGCUUUUUCGCGGCUGGUGGCCGCUGCUUUCUCUAGCCGCACCAAGCGCUAUCUCGGUGUGUUUGGAGUAUUGGUGGUAUGAGAUAAUGCUUUUUCUUUGUGGGCUUCUCGGUAACCCUAAAGCAAGUGUGUCGGCCAUGGGGAUAAUGAUUCAGACAACGGGGCUACUCUACGUAGUCCCAUUCGCUAUAAGCACGGCUAUUGCGACCCGUGUAGGACACGCGCUUGGUGGCGGCCAUCCUACACGGGCGCAAUGUACAACCGUUAUCGGUCUGAUACUCGCAGUAGCGUACGGUUUGUCAGCUGCUGUCUUUGUGACCGCACUUAGGUCGGUUUGGGGAAAGAUGUUCACAGACGAACCGGAGAUUCUUGGGUUGAUUUCGUCGGCGCUUCCGAUCUUAGGGCUUUGCGAGAUCGGAAACUCGCCGCAGACGGCGGCUUGCGGAGUCUUGACGGGCACGGCGAGGCCUAAAGAUGGAGCACGUGUUAACCUAUGCGCGUUUUACAUCGUGGGCUUGCCUGUGGCAGUCACGUCCACGUUUGGGUUUAAAGUUGGGUUUUCUGGGCUUUGGUACGGAAUGCUAGCUGCGCAGAUCACAUGUUUGGUUAUGAUGCUUUGUACGUUGGUUCGUACGGACUGGGAACAUCAGGUGAAACGAGCGGAGGCACUUACCGCCGCCGCAGCUGAUAGAAGUCGUUCGGAAGAAGAAACCAUCCGUACCGAAGUCGAAAAUGAUGAUGAUUUAGAGACGGGUUUAUUACAAAACACAAAUGACUAA